CAUCUUUUCCUGCAAAGAGUUGAAACCUGAGAUAUUCCCCUUUUCCUGCUGAUCUGUUUCCUUUCCAUCACAUGACCCCUUCCAAACUGUGGCUAAUAAUGCAGUAGGGGAGCUGUGCUGUGAGCAGGGGAAGUAGUUGGUUGAUAUUUUGGAAUUGAGAAAAACUUAUGCAUACUACAGUAGGAGAUUUUGCAGUAGUAGUCUUACAGGCAGCAGCAAAACCACUGGAGAACCUUGGAGGCAUUGCAUCCAGCUACCAGAUUCCGUCCCAGGCUGCAGAGUCCAGUGUUUAUGGAAGACAUGUCGGAAGCUGAAGUCGCGAGUAAAGGGAAUUUCAGCAGAGGGAAGAAUGGGAGAACUGAAGGGAAAAGUCACACAGAUGUGGAUAUUGAUGAUGAGCAAAAUCUUCUGCUGGCAGCUGCAUUGGUUUAUGAUGCUCAGUAUAACAGGAACAUCCACUUUGAGACAUCGCCGGAAGCAGUCAGGCUUUAUUACUUUUAUAACCAUUGGCUAAUGCAAGUGGCUACUUACUGCUUUAUCACGGUGGAUCUGUUACUGGCAGUGUUUGAGGAGCCUGCAGUUUUCCCAUUGCCAUUUCUGGCAACCUCGAUCGUGGAGGUUCUAUGUCUCCUGGCUUUUUUUGGUCGACUUGUACAUUUUAGUAAAGUUACCCCUCGCAGCAUAUUCUGGAAAGACACAAAGAAUAUAUGCGUUAUGGUUACGAUAGUGCUCAAUUUAAUUGAUUUGAUUAUAUAUGGGGCGCUGAUUAUUGCUGAGAUACAGAGUGUCCGAUGGUCAAGAGUGUUAAGGCCCAUUUAUUUGAUCAACUUUGCUGAAAGUCGACAGAUCCGUCGGGCAUUCCGGAGUAUCAGAAACACACUGCCAGAGAUCAUGUAUGUCUUCCUUCUCUUCAUGUUCAGUGUUCUUUUGUUUUCACUGAUGGCACUGCAGCUUUUUGGGAACAGAAAACUUAGGACAGCUGAAGGGGAGCCAUAUUUUGCAAACUACCUGGAUGUGGUAUUUAACCUGUAUGUACUUGUAACAACUGCUAACAGUCCGGAUGUCAUGAUGCCAGCCUAUGACCAUAAUCCGUGGUAUGCCAUUUUCUUCAUAGCCUAUAUUAUACUCAAUACUUACAUCUUCAUGUCCGUCUUUCUGGCUGUGGUGUACAAUAACUACAGAAAACACCUGAAGAAUGAAAUCCGGAAACUGGCAUACAUGAAGCGUCGCAAGAUGGUGAAUGCCUUUAAUACUCUAAAGGUGAAAGAGGGCUCUGAGUUUGUUAUUAGAGAUGAUAAGUGGAAAGAGCUGGUGAAGCUGGUGGCUCCAGAUAUCAGUAACUCACACAGAGAACUGCUUUUGAGAGUAUCAGAUGAAGAACAGAAUGGAUAUGUGGAUAAAGAUGCAUUUAUACGCCUGGCUGACCUUCUGAACAUCAAGGUUAUUACUAUGAAAACACGGAAACAUCCUUUGGAGUUCUUGAUGCCUCGUGUGUACAGGUCUGCGUGGAGUCGGUUCAUUCGCCGAGUGGUUCAGCAUAAAGGGUUCGUCUAUGCUUACGAUGGUAUCAUACUAGUGAAUGCAAUUUUCAUUGCCCUGGACGAAAAUAACCCACUGAUUUCCAACGCAGAGUGGGUAUUUCUUGCAUUUUACCUGGUGGAAAUUCUUCUUAAGCUUUACACAUAUGAUCCCAGGUCAUUUUUCGCCAAGAACCAAUUCUGGAACUGGUUUGACACACUUAUCAUUGUUGCUGCUCUGAUUGCUACAAUUAUAAAUACAUGGCUGAAAUCAGUGGGCCAGUACAGCAGUCAACAGGUGCUCGAUCUUGUGUUCAUUUUAAGAGUUCUCCGACUCAUCAGGAUCAUUGACAGCAUUCAGAGGUUUCGGGUUAUUAUGAACACGUUAAUUAAUAUAUUGCCAACGAUGCUGACAUUUUCCGGACUUCUCAUAGCAAUAUACUAUGUGUUUGCUAUUGUUGGAAUGGAAAUUUUCAAUGGAAAAAUCAGAUUCUUCCCAGAAAAUUCAACUGAGCCCUAUGCACAGGAAUGUGGAAUGUCCGCUUUAAAAGACUCUGCCUUUGCCAAGAGCAAGUACUGCAGAAAUAACUUCAAUGACUUGGGAUCUGCCUUCAUUGUGCUUGUGGAGCUGACGGUUGUUAACCAGUGGCAUGUUCUGGCUAAUGGGUUUUCUCUGGCGACCCAUACAGCAGCAAGGCUUUACUUCAUCGCAUUUCACGUUGUUAUCGUCAUUCUGAUCAUCAACAUUUUUGUGGCCUUUAUUUUGGAAGCUUUCUUUGUUGAAUAUUCUCUAGAAAAGAGCGAAGUUGAAACUGCAAUUGAAAAAAAAAUUCAGGAGCUGGGUAUGGCGGUUCAGGAAGAUGAGCCAUCUGAAAAUUUAGUGGAGAACAUGGAAAGCUGUGAAACUGAUGCUGGUACUUUUGGGGAGACAACUCAGAAAGGACUGAUGUUUCGAAUUGCUUCUAAAAGAUACAGGACAGUGGAUGCAUUAUUACAGCGCAUGUUUGAAGCAGAAAUAGCACCAGAAGAUGAAGGCCCCCCAAUCGAAGAUAUCUUAAGCCUUUCUCCUAAUGAUCUGUACAUUCACAACCCAACCUUUGAUACAGCUGCCUAACUAUAUCUUGAACUAUAUGAACCUGUGUGUGUGCCAAGACAUCCACUUUAUUUUCAAAUAAGCUCCCCUACUCAGCGAGUGGCUCUAUACUUUUUUGGCACUCACCAAAGAGGAAACAAUAAAAGCUGAGAGAUGUAAGAGGACACAGAGCUUUAGGCAAUGGAAAAAAAACAUUAAAUUUCACACUUCAUGUGAAUUAAAUGGAUAAAAAGAAUCUCUUAGGAAGGACACAUGUAUGACUGAUUCCAUUAUCUGAUCUUUCAGUAGGAUAUUUGAACAAAUGACGUGACAAAUUGAAGCUCUUUGCUAAAUGUUGCUUUUUACAUUAUCUGGACAGUAUAUGAAAUGCUGAAGAAGAGACUCCACAUAACUGUGUAUAACUUCCCACAGAUCUGAUUUAUUUAUGUUGAUGGGGUAAAACAAAUGUUUCUGUAGACAGUAUCCAUCUUGGCUUUGUUCAACCAGCUUAGCGCAUAUUAUGACUUCAUCUUUUCAUUGAUCUACUUACAUAUUGAAGAUUUUCCCAAAGAUGAGGUGCAUCCUAUAUAGACAUUGGAAGCUGAAAGUUGUGCAGUCGGGUGGGUAAAAUUUGCCAAGUGUCCAAUUGUUAUGGUAACUGCAUUUGUCCAAUUAAAGAUAACUGUUGACUGGUUACUGGUCUGUAUACCACACUACUGGGAAAAGUACUUGAUUUUCUACUUUUGAAUAUAUAAAUUCUAGAUAGAGGCAAUAAUUAUACAUUUUGGAAGUUUAUUCGUGUUAAUUACAGAAUUCCAUAUCAGAAUAGAAGCUAUAUUUCAAUAAGCAAUAUGAUCCCUGUUGUUCCUCUUCUCUUCCUCUGAUACAUUUAUUACAUAGAUAGUGUAUUCAGUUUUAUAUUUUUAGUAUCUCCCCUGAGAAGCAAGACUUUUUCCAUUUGAUCCAUUCGCUUACUUGAAAUGCCUGUGUUAAACGUGUGAUACAGUCGCAGUUGGUUACGGUAACGUGCUCAGCUAUUUGGGAUCAUAUCAUCUACAUUCCUGAAAACGUUCCAUGUACUUUUCUUUUUCAUUUACAAAUUUUAUAUAUAUCAAAUGGUAAUAUGGUUUAUAAUUAUGUUAUAUGCAAGAUGUGAUUAUUUAUAAAUAAAGAACAAACUGUAUGAAAAGAAA